CCAACAGCAACUACGACGACAACUUAUCGACGAUGACAUCGAAAUCCAAAAAAGACGAGGCCCUUCAAUUCCUGGACGAUCUCGACUCGUUUACCCCUGUCGAUCAGCCCAAGAAAUCGAAUUCGCCGCCAGCCCAGGGAUCGCAACCUCAGGCCAAGGGAAACGAAGCAGAAGUCCUUGCGUUCAUUGACGAGAUCACACAAAAGAGCACGGAGCCCACCCGAACAGCCAGCCAGAUUGGCCGAUCUGGUACGCCGACGAUCAGGAAGAGCACUGAGCGCGUUCGAUUAGGCGGUGGGCCUGCGGGAUCCAAUCCUUCUGCGUCGUCCUCGACGACCUCGUUACACAGGACUGCGAGCACUGAUGGCUCGAAGCAGAAGGCGGAGUCGAGCUCGACUACAUCAUCUCCGCAGCCUGCGGCAUCGACGAGCGCUUCUGGCGGAGGAUGGGGAUGGGGUUCUGUUUGGUCCACGGCUACUGCCGCGAUUCAGCAGGCUAAAUCUGCCGUCGACGAGCAGGUCAAACACCUUCCGAACCAAGAGCAGGUAGCUAAGCUAAGGGAAGGUGUCCUCGAGUACGCAAAGAAUGCCCAAUUGGAUAAGCUUGGCCAGGACUUCAAGCGAGUUGGAUUAUCCACGCUCACAGAUAUCUUGAAUGUCGUUGCACCUCCCAUUGCCGAGCAUGAAGUUAUCCAGAUCUGGUUGAGCCAUGACAUGCAAGGAUACGAGGGUGUGGAAACUGUCGUUUAUCGCUCAUUCUCUAAGGUCAUGGAACAAGUGCAAGGUGGUGAUUUGGUGGUGAACCGAGGGAACGAGUCCAAACCUAAGGAAAGCAGCUCAGGAGCACGAGAACUUAACGCGGUUGAAGGAACUGAUGCUGCUCUCAAGCUUGCCAAGGCGAACAUCGAAAGCAUGGUGAAGAACAACGCCAAUCUUCAAUCGAAACCUUCAAACAUCACUUCACCAACUACCUACUCCAAUGUGUACCUCCGCAUCCAACCUUUCUUCACCUCAUCGCUCCUCGACGAAGACGAAUCAGAGGACGAUUCUGACGAAGACGAAUCAGAUUCUGACGACUCCACGAACGACAACCAGAAACUCCAAUUCCUUAUUUACCUCCACGAUCCUGAACACAAACUCACCAGUACCUCCGUGACACAGGGAGUUCCAGCGUCAUGGCUCGCGAUAUGGGAAGAAUAUGAUUGGGUAGAGGACUUGGUCGCUGAUGGGUUGCGACUCGGCGUUGAGGUCAUUGGCCAAGAGUACCUAGUGUCGCGUCAGGGUUGGGCGAAUAAACCAAAGGACACAGAGGAGGAAGCUGCCGAAGCACCUGCACCUGAGCAGGCCAAAGCAGACAAGGGCAGUGAUUCGUGA